CUCAGAGUUAAAUGCUGCAUCUCUAAUAAAAGCAUUAACAAUUUUCAAUGUCGCUCGCUUAUUUACGAAAUUGGCAAACAGCCAGAAAAAUAGAUAAAUUAUUAGUUGGAUGUUGGUAUAUAAGGCAAUCAGAUGUACACGGUCAAGUCGGAAAUCUACAGCGAGACAAACUACCAGCCAGUGCACGAUGCUGAAGGCAACAUUGUAUCAAAAUUUCGUUUUCGCUAUCCUGACGAGCAGCUACCUAACGGUAAAGCUAAAGUAGAUAAUGAUGGUGAUCUGGAGGUGCAGCGUCCAAAGCGCGGCAUCAUAGAAAUCGAACAUUCCGAUGCAACGGAACUUAAGCUAGUUGGUCUCCAAGUUUGGCGUGGAGCGUUGCUCCUGGCAGAUUUUGCCUUUCAUCAAAGGGAAGCAUGGAGCUCCAAGACAAUCCUGGAGCUGGGCGCUGGAGUUGGUUUGACCAGCAUUACAGCAGCUAUGAUGAACAAAGGUCAAGUCUAUUGUACCGACGUGAAUCUCGGCUGCAUUCUCGAGCUGAUGCGCAAGAAUGUCCAACGAAAUAGGCAGCUGCUGCAAGGCCACAUCUCUGUGCUGGAAUAUGACUUCCUUGCUCCAAGAUCUCAGCUCAGCAAAGAACUGAUUGCCGCCAUCGAUGAUAGUGAUAUAAUCUUGGCAGCGGAUGUCGUCUAUGAUGAUACGCUCACCGACGCCUUCGUCGCAGUCAUGGAGCACAUACUGGAGCGUGGAGAGAAGACUGGCAGAGCUAAGUGCAUCUACAUGGCCAUGGAGAAGCGUUAUGUGUUCACCCUGGAGGAUUGUGAUUCUGUGGCGCCCAUGUAUGAGCAUUUCCUAAGGCAAAUACUGAAGAAGCCUUGGCGCAUGGAGGAGUUGCCUUUGGAUUUUCCACAAUAUUUUGAAUAUGAGCGAUGCCCGCAGCUGGUGCUGAUGCGCAUUAGCAGACGUUGACGCCUCUACUGUACAGUAAUCUACCUAAAUGUGAACACACUUGUGUUUAUAAAUAAAACAGUUUGUUAGAUUUUAUUUUAGUUUCGCAUAGAGGAUUGCAACAAAUAGAAAUAUUUUUGUACAAUAUUUAACAAUUUGCAUCGUAUGCAAGACCAUAAAUUCCCACAGCUAUAAAAACUUUGUCUUUUGCCUUAAGAUUAAAGAUUCACUUUAAGUUUAA